AUGCCAAAUGAACGAUUCGAGGAUUGGAUUAUUGUUGGUAAUAAUAAACGACCUGAAUGUCGUCUGAAAGGCAAUGGAGAGUUACAAUAUGUCAUUGAAAUCGCUGUAUUCAAUGAUCCAUGCGAAACCAAAAUGAUAUCGGCCGGAGUAUUUGAGAAUACAAUUCGUAUCGGUCAAAAUCCGUUGGUCAUAUUGCAUGGCGAUGAAAGUUUGGUGGUCAAAUGUGUCUAUGGACUGCCAGAAGUUAGCCGACUAAAUGUUCAGCUUAUCAAUCCGUCAUUCAAUGCCAUUACUUUUACGUAA